CAGGGUGCAAGUUGUUUCAUGGUUUGCUAGGGAGAAGCCGAGUAUGCAGAGGUGGCCGUGGGGGGAGGCAGCAGGGAGCUUCCUCCCAGGGGUGCAGCUGGCCUUGUGCUGGAGCCAGAGAUCCCUGGUCUCUGACCACAGGAUGGGAGGGCAGGAGCAGUGGAAGGCAGGGGCUAAAACCCGGAUUGUGGAUGAGGGGCAACCCUGGGCCCCAGGCAACUUUCAGGACCUCCCAGGGCAGAAGGCAGGAAGUGCCAGCUACUUGGUGCUGCCCAGGGAGCAGGGAACAGGAAGUCCCGGGUGGGGAGGAAGCACUGGUGGCCACAGGCCUCAGAUGCAGCAGGAGUGAGCUGUAGGCACAGCUGUGGGGCAGCCAGGCGCGUCAGGCCUCACAUGUCUGGGAGAUGCAGAUUGCCUGGGCUGGUGGCCCCUGAGCCACAUGGCCUCCCUGGGCCCCAGGACACCGGCCCUGAGCAGGUCACGAGGACGGAGGCCCAUGUGUUGGGUCAGCACCAUCAGCUUCAUGGCGGCUGAAGAGAUGCAUUGGCCUGUCCCUAUGAAAGCCAUUGGUGCCCAGAACCUGCUAACCAUGCCUGGGGGCGUGGCCAAGGCUGGCUACCUGCACAAGAAGGGUGGUACCCAGCUGCAGCUGCUCAGAUGGCCCCUGCGCUUUGUCAUCAUCCACAAACGCUGCGUCUACUACUUCAAGAGCAGCACCUCCGCCUCCCCGCAGGGUGCCUUCUCCCUGAGUGGCUAUAACCGGGUGAUGCGGGCGGCCGAGGAGACCACGUCCAACAACGUUUUCCCCUUCAAGAUCAUCCACAUCAGCAAGAAGCACCGCACGUGGUUCUUCUCGGCCUCCUCCGAGGACGAGCGCAAGAGCUGGAUGGCCUUGCUGCGCAGGGAGAUCGGCCACUUCCACGAAAAGAGAGACCUGCCCCUGGACACCAGUGACUCCAGCUCAGACACAGACAGCUUCUACGGCGCAGUCGAGCGGCCUGUGGAUAUCAGCCUCUCCCCAUACCCCACAGACAAUGAAGACUAUGAGCAUGACGACGAGGAUGACUCCUACAUGGAGCCCGACUCCCCGGAGCCCGGAAGGCUUGAGGAUGCCCUGACGCACCCACCGGCUUACCCACCACCCCCAGUGCCCACGCCCAGGAAGCCAGCCUUCUCCGACAUGCCCCGGGCCCACUCCUUUACCUCCAAGGGCCCCGGUCCCCUGCUGCCACCCCCACCCCCUAAGCACGGCCUCCCAGAUGUUGGCCCAGCUGCCGAGGACUCCAAGAGGGAGCCAUUGGGCCCGAGGUGGGCUGAGCCUUGCCCCAGGGUACCUGCUACCCCCCGAAGGAUGAGUGACCCCCCUCUGGGCACCAUGCCCACCACGCCCGGCCUCCGGAAACCCCCUUGCUUCCGGGAGAGUGCCAGCCCUAGCCCGGAGCCCUGGACCCCUGGCCACGGGGCCUGCUCCACUUCCAGUGCUGCCAUCAUGGCCACUGCCACCUCCAGAAACUGUGACAAACUCAAGUCCUUCCACCUGUCCCCCCGAGGACCACCCACAUCUGAGCCCCCACCUGUGCCAGCCAACAAGCCCAAGUUCCUGAAGAUAGCUGAAGAGGACCCCCCAAGGGAGGCAGCCAUGCCCGGACUCUUUGUGCCCCCUGUGGCUCCCCGGCCUCCUGCACUAAAGCUGCCAGUGCCUGAGGCCACGGCACGGCCCGCAGUCCUGCCCAGGCCAGAGAAGCCACAGCUUCCCCACCUCCAGCGAUCGCCUCCAGAUGGGCAGAGCUUCAGGAGCUUCUCCUUUGAAAAGCCCCGGCAACCCUCGCAGGCUGAUGCUGGCGGGGAUGACUCGGACGAGGACUAUGAGAAGGUGCCGCUGCCUAACUCGGUCUUCAUCAACACCACGGAAUCCUGCGAAGUGGAAAGGCUGUUCAAGGCUACAAGCCCCCGGGGAGAGCCCCAGGAUGGACUCUACUGCAUCCGAAACUCCUCUACCAAGUCGGGGAAGGUCCUGGUUGUAUGGGAUGAAACCUCCAACAAAGUGAGGAACUAUCGCAUUUUUGAGAAGGACUCUAAGUUCUACCUGGAGGGCGAGGUCCUGUUUGUGAGUGUGGGCAGCAUGGUGGAGCACUACCACACCCACGUGCUGCCCAGCCACCAGAGCCUGCUGCUGCGGCACCCCUACGGCUACACCGGGCCUAGGUGAUGCCUGCCCGUGUGGCUGCCAGGCCAAGGCAGUCACAGGGGCCCUGACCCCAGGCCACACAGAUGGACACGGGCCCACGUGGGAGGGUGAGCAGGAGCAAGGCCCUGCUUGCCUAGGGCCUCUGUGAUGGACAUCUCGUAGGACCCAGCCAGUCUCAUCCAGCAGGCUGGGUUCCAAGGCUGGACCAGGCUCCAGGCUCCAGAGGACGAGGGGACUCUGUUGCCCCACACUAACUUGCCCUGUCCCAACCCCAGAAACCCAGGACCAAGUUGUGCCUGGGCUCUGAGGACAAGAACAGUGGUCCCCCCAUCACACUCACCCCGCAGUGGGCUGGAAGCCUGGCAGGGCCAGGGCAGCUGGGUGGGGCCGGGGCUGGCCCUGGGACCCCGAGGAACGCUAAGACACAGGCUCCAGUAGGGGCUGUUGCCUCCAAUAAAGCAGCAGUGAGCUUUG